AUGUCAAACAUAAAUUGAACAGUUGUGUAGUCAAAAAUUGUGUUCUUACGAUCAUGGAUGUUGUUGUGGAUAAGAAAUUUCCUUCUGAAAAUUUGGUACCGAAAAAUGAGACGGGUGUCCUCAAUUUUCUGAAAAAGUACCCAACUUACAAUGGUGAAGGAGUUACCAUUGCCAUAUUUGAUUCGGGAGUCGAUCCAAAGUCUACCGGAUUGCAGACCACACCUGACGGAAAACCAAAAGUGAUCGAACGUUUCGAUUGUUCGGGUAGUGGUGAUGUCGACAUAUCAAAGAAAAUAACAGCGUCCACGGAUGGAACGAUUUUGGGUUUAUCGGGUAGAACGCUGAAGAUCUCGAAACGGAUGAAAGCAGAGAAUGUGGCUGGUGAUGAUUACCGUAUCGGCAUCAAGAGUGUGUACGAUUUGUAUCCGUCGAAAAUAAAGGAGAAAGUGCUGAACGACAUGAAGUUGAACGAAUGGGAUGAACCGCACAAGAAGGCGAUUGUCGACGUUGCACGCAAUAUCGAGGAAUUCAAUGCAUCGAACAGCAUCAAUUCAAGUAAAACUGAUAAAAAAUGCAACACUCUGUCUCAAGCGGACAAAUUGAAGAAGGAGGAUUUGGAGGCGGCCCAAGAGUAUCUGGUAACGUUCGACAAGAAAUUUGAAUGCGUCCGAACUAGUUUCGAUUGUAUCGUUUAUGCAAGCAAAGACGGAUGGGUGGCAGUGAUUGAUGUGAAUGAAAAUGGUGAUCUGGAUAAUGCGCUGUACUUGCGUGAAUAUACCAAAUACCAUGACGUUCAAAGCAUCAAUAAUUAUCUGUCGAUUACGAUGAAUGUUUUUGACGACGGCAAUGUCCUUGAAUUGGUCGGUAUGUGUUCCGGUCACGGUACUCAUGUGUCAGCAAUAGCGUCCGCGAACCACGGGAACGAUUUGGAUGGCGUUGCACCGGGAGCAAAAAUUGUAUCGUGCACGAUCGGCGACAAUCGAUUGGGCUCAAUGGAAACGGGAGCAGCAAUCAUACGAGCCAUGAUUAAAGUGAUGGAAUUAUGUCGGGAUGGUCGCCGUGUGCAUGUCAUAAAUAUGAGCUAUGGAGAGCACGCGGCGUGGUCGAAUUCCGGUCGAGUUGGGGAGCUCAUGACCGAAGUGGUGAACAAAUAUGGCGUUGUUUGGGUCGCAGCAGCCGGAAAUCAUGGUCCUGCGUUGAGUACUAUCGGAACGCCACCAGACAUCGUUCAACCGUGUCUAGUUGGCGUUGGCGCCUAUGUCAGUCCGGAGAUGAUGGAAGCAGAAUACACUUUACGUCAAAAACUGCCACCUAAUGUGUACACUUGGACGUCUCGUGAUCCGUGCGUCGACGGUGGACAAGGAGUAACCGUCUGCGCACCGGGAGCUGCAAUCGCAUCCGUUCCCGAGUAUACAUUAGCCAAACAGCAGUUGAUGAAUGGCACUUCAAUGGCGUCUCCUCAUGUAGCAGGUGCAGUUGCACUUCUGUUAUCUGGUUUGAUUCAUCGAAACCUAUCCUACUCACCGUACAGUGUUAAGAGAGCUCUAUGGGAUUCGGCAACGUAUUUGAGUCAUGUGGAUCCAUUUGCUCAGGGUAAUGGACUGUUGAAUGUGGAAAAAUCGUUCGAGCAUCUCGUACAAUUUGCUGAAGCGCCGGACAGAGAUGUGAGAUUUGCUGUUUCGGUUGGUACGAACCACGCUAAAGGCAUACAUUUACGCCACGCUGAAACCGUUUCAAAAGACAAUUUAGUGGUGGUGGAACCGGUUUUCCUGAACGAUAAGGAAAUUGACCCAAAACUAAAAAUCAAUUUCAAUCUAAGACUGACUAUGGUGUCGACUAAGCCAUGGGUGCAAACGCCACAGUUUCUAGAUCUUUGCUAUUCAUCGCGAUCAUUUUCGGUUAAAGUUGAUCCUACCGCCUUGCCCAUUGGUGUUCAUAGUGCAGCUGUAAAGGCUUACGACAUAACAAAUAUCGCUAAGGGAGUUCUGUUCGAGGUGCCAGUCACUGUCGUCGUGCCGCAUGUAAUCGAUGUGAAGAAAACUCGUUCGAUCAAAUUCAACACAACCACUUUCAACGCAAAUACAAUUGUACGGAAAUUUGUCAAUGUUCCACUGGGUGCAACAUGGGCGGCAUUGGAGAUGCAAACAACGGAAACAACCACGUCCAAUCAGCCUGCAAAAUUUUUCGUUCAUACGCUGCAAUUGCUUCCGAUGAAAUUCUGUAAGCACAUGGAAACGCAAAAACUGUACUCCGUUUCGACUGAGAAUCCCACCGUUCAUCUGUUCAAGUGUGAGGGCGAUAAUGUGCUUGAAGUGUGCAUAGCAAAGUAUUGGUCGAAUGCUGGCGAAACAGAUCUAAAUUUUAAGAUCGAAUUCCAUGGAAUCAAGUCGAACGGCUUACAUACAAUGCACAGUGCGAAUGGCAUUCACCGCAUCGACUUGACAACACUGACAACGGAAGAUGUUCAACCAUCGAUACAACUAAAAUCAGCCGUUAUGGUACUGAAACCGACCGAAUCCAAAAUUUUACCACUAACCACCAGAGACGUUAUACCACCGGAACGACAGAUCUACCAGAAUUUGCUCACGUACAAUUUCCAUCUGACUAAAAUGCAGGAACUGGCACUGCACACUCCAUUGUUAAACGAUGUCCUCUACGAAUCUGAAUUUGAAUCACAAUUCUGGAUGGUAUUCGAUGCCAAUAAAAUGCUAACGGCUUGUGGUGAUGCAUAUUCGAUGGGAACGUAUCAUAAAUUGGAAAAAGGGGACUAUGUGGUGCGUCUGCAAAUUAGACACGAGAAAAAGGAGUUGCUGGAAAAAGUUAGUGAAGCUGUAAUGGUAGCUGCAUUUAAAUUACCCGCUUCGAUCACAUUGGAUACGUAUACCAACUAUAAGAGUGCUGUCACAGCCGGUAAAAAGUGUGGUACGUUGCAGAUAAGCCAUGGUGCGAGGCCGAUUUAUGUCGCUCCGUUGGCUAAUGAAAAAUUAACCAAAGGAGGUAUCCCGAAUCAAUGCUCGUGGCUGGAAGGAACGAUAACAUUUGCCAAAGAUGAAUCGGCUCGAAAAGCUGACUCGUACGUGUUUAAGUACAUCCUCACCGAGGGUCCACCGAUCAAAAAAGCCAACGGUACGCCAAAAGAAAAUAAAAACAAACUUGACGAGUUCAAGGAGGGUCUACGAGACUAUCAGCUCGGAAUGAUACCGAAAUUAGAUCUACCCAAAGCCGAAGAAGUGUACAAGAGUGUUAUCGACAUGUUUCCGAACUAUCUUCCGGCCCACGUAUCGUUUUGCCAGAAAUUGGAUCCGGCCGAAAUUAAAAAUCAAUUGCCUUUCACCUAUAAGAAGUCGUUUGCGUUGACCGUCGACGAGCUCGAUGCAACGAAGGAUACCUUAAAGCGGAUUAUUGAACUCUGUGAUAUGGUGAUUGGUGAAACUGAUUCCAAUGCAUUGCUGGCGUACUAUGGACUAAAAACCGACACUCGUCCGGAUGCUGCCAAAAUCAAAACGAACAUGGACAAACAAAAAUUCACUCUGCUCGAAGCGUACGUUAAAAAAUCCGUAGCAUUGUCGAAACUGCAAUUGAUUGAAACAUUCCAGAGCGCAGAUGAAAGCACCAACCACUCAUUAGAUGAACUCAACAAUAUUUAUACGGAAGUCGGAAAAUUUAUAGACUAUUACGAUGCGAAGGUGCAACUCAUCACACUUUGGCACGGUUUCAUGAACCAGCAAUACGGUCGCAUGUUGAAGGUUUUGCAGAAAAUGUACGAAGAUAAAAUUCAGAAAGAUGUUUUGGAAGAGUUACAGAAUGUGGUGACGGAAAAGAAAUGGGGUCAUAUCAAUAGAGCCUUGCAGAAAAUUGUUCUAAUGACCAAUCCACCAGGGUACCGCUUAUUUUAGGCUAAAGAUCAGUAGAAAAUACGAAAAAUUUAGGUAAAAUAUUUUGAAAUAGAUUUUUCGGUUGCCUCUCAUUUUGUUUGGCUGGUUUUUGCUAUUAUAAAAAUUGCAUAUGAGUGACACAACGAUUGAUCCUCAUCAAACUAAAAUUG